GCAUCUUUCCCCGCAGCCGGGCUCUCCAGAUCCUGAACCCCGCUGCCAUCAGACUCUCUGGGCUACGGCUGUGGGUCCCGCCAGGCCCCUCCAUUGCGCACCGCUUCGGGACCCCGUGGCCCCUCUUCUGCCCGCCAGGCCGGGGCCUGCUACCCCAGCCGCUCCUCACCGCUGCAGCUCCCGAGCCUUCGGUUCUUCUAAAACAAGAUGCCGUCGGGUUUCCAGCAGAUCGGCUCUGAAGAUGGGGAACCCCCUCAGCAGCGAGUGACUGGGACCCUGGUCCUUGCUGUGUUCUCAGCUGUGCUUGGCUCCCUACAGUUUGGCUACAACAUUGGGGUCAUCAAUGCCCCACAGAAGGUGAUUGAGCAGAGCUACAAUGCAACAUGGCUGGGGAGGCAGGGUCCUGAGGGUCCCGACUCCAUCCCACCAGGCACCCUCACUACCCUUUGGGCUCUCUCUGUGGCCAUCUUUUCUGUGGGGGGCAUGAUUUCCUCCUUCCUUGUUGGCAUCGUCUCUCAAUGGUUGGGAAGGAAAAGGGCUAUGCUGGCCAACAAUGUCCUGGCAGUGCUGGGGGGUACCCUCAUGGGCCUGGCCAACGCUGCUGCCUCCUAUGAGAUACUCAUUCUUGGACGGUUUCUCAUUGGCGCCUACUCAGGGCUAACGUCAGGUUUGGUGCCCAUGUAUGUGGGGGAAAUUGCCCCUACUCAUCUUCGGGGUGCCUUGGGGACACUCAACCAAUUGGCUAUCGUCAUUGGCAUUCUCGUUGCCCAGGUGUUAGGCUUGGAGUCCAUGCUGGGCACUGCCACCCUGUGGCCGCUGCUCCUUGGCAUCACAGUGCUUCCUGCCUUCCUGCAGCUGAUUCUGCUGCCCUUCUGCCCUGAGAGCCCACGAUACCUCUACAUCAUCCGGAACCUGGAGGGGCCUGCCCGAAAGAGUCUGAAGCGCCUGACGGGCUGGGCUGAUGUAUCCGAUGCACUGGCUGAGCUGAAGGAUGAGAAACGAAAGUUGGAGCGUGAGCGGCCAUUGUCUCUGCUCCAGCUCCUGGGUAGCCGCACCCACCGGCAGCCCCUGAUCAUUGCAGUUGUGCUACAGCUGAGCCAGCAGCUCUCAGGCAUCAAUGCUGUUUUCUAUUAUUCAACCAGCAUCUUUGAAUCAGCAGGGGUGGCACAACCAGCCUACGCCACCAUAGGAGCCGGCGUGGUCAACACUGUCUUCACCUUGGUCUCGGUGCUCUUGGUAGAACGUGCUGGGCGUCGGACACUUCAUCUCCUGGGCCUGGCGGGCAUGUGUGGCUGUGCCAUCUUGAUGACUGUGGCUCUGCUUCUGCUGGAGCAGGUUUCAGCCAUGAGCUAUGUCUCCAUUAUGGCCAUAUUUGGUUUUGUGGCCUUCUUUGAGAUUGGCCCUGGCCCCAUCCCCUGGUUCAUCGUAGCCGAGCUCUUCAGCCAGGGGCCCCGCCCAGCAGCCAUGGCUAUAGCUGGUUUCUCCAACUGGACCUGUAACUUCAUCGUUGGCAUGGGUUUCCAGUAUGUUGCGGAUGCUAUGGGUCCCUACGUCUUCCUUCUAUUUGCCGUCCUCCUGCUUGGCUUCUUCAUCUUCACCUUCUUAAAAGUGCCUGAAACCAGAGGCCGGACGUUUGACCAGAUCUCAGCUGCCUUCCGCCGGACUCCUUCUCUUUUAGAGCAGGAGGUGAAACCCAGCACGGAACUUGAGUACUUAGGGCCAGAUGAGAAUGACUGAGGGGCAGGGCAGGGUGGGAGAGCCAACUUCUCCACCCCCAGAAGCCCCCUCCUUUCCUCUGCAGCACUUUAACCCUCUUCCCCAUUACCUCCAGGAUGGAGAAAACUCCUGCAGCCUGUGUAGAAUGGGAAGCCUGAGGGAAGGUGGAUCAGGCACCGCCUCAUUCCCCUUGCGUGACUCUUGGAUUAUUUAUGUGUUGUGGUUAGGCUGUGGCCAUCUGGGUAGGCUAUUCUCCCCUCCUGCCUUCCUCCUGCCCCUACCCAAACUCAGCCCCAGAAUACUUUAGUCCCCUUUAGAGAAGGGGGUCUGCAGGAGAGGAGAUGCUACACUAAAUUCAGUGGAACAAACAGAAGCUGAGAGCCUGAUGUGACAAGUAUUUUCCUACCAAAUUUGACUCCUCCCACAAUCCGGCACUUUCACUGAAUUCUUGCCACAUACUCUGGGUGAAGGGGGUUCUAUCUUGACCCCUCCAGGGGAAAGGGCAUGCUCCCAAAGUCUAGCUUCUUCUUCCCUAUAGGCUCCCCACCUCCCAGGGUGAGGAAACAACAGUAUAUACUUAAAUAUGACCAGGAGUAGCAAGCACCAGUCUGUAGACUUAUGGCCCUACCUGUGGCUCCCCAGGGCUGCCAACUCUUAUGUUCCCUCCUGGAAGGGUACUAGACCCACAAGCUUUUGACCAACUAAGGGCAGGAGAGGAUUUGAAAGGCUGCCUGUAAACACUGACUGGGAGGAGCCUUUGGGUAUUUUUGUAUGUUCUGAAGAACCGUAAGGAGCCAAAACCUGAGGGCUUCUGUAUUAAAUGUGUAUACAGAGAUUCAUCCAUAAAGUCACUGUAUGAA